AUUUGUUAUUCCUUCUGUCAAAAGUUGUAUUGUUGUAAAAGAUAGGACGUAAUUUAAUGUAUUAAUUUAUUUAAACUCUGGAUUUAUUUGUAAAUACAUUUUGCGUUACAUAGAAAUGGCGGCAGCUUUAGCCAAAGGUGAAAAUUCAGCUGAGAUAGAAAACGGUCUAAAUGUUGAGGAAGAUUCGUCUAUAUUAAAGCCUCCGCCUAUUACUAAAAGAGAAAGAAAAGUAUCGCCCAGUUUGCAUUUGAACGAUGUGUUGUUCACAGAUCCAAUGUCUCCUUCAUCUUCGUCGUCUGCCAGCAAGGACGAAACAUUCGAACCCUCUAUUGAAAUGAUGGUAAAUGACUUUGAUGAUGAGCAGACGUUGAACGAAGAGGAGAGUUUAGCAGCAUUAGAAUCCCAUGAUGUUCAGGAGGAAAUCGAUACAUUGAAACAGGAAAGUGAAAUACCUUUGGAAGAGUUACUGGCCAAGUACCAAUCAUUGCCACCAAUUGACUUUGAACCUCUUCGUAAAAAGUCCAAAAAGUCAUCCAACAAGAAAAAACACAAACCAAAACCGAAAUUCGGUGCAGAUCUGCAUCAGUUACCUACCGAGGGCGCAGAAGUAGAUAAGGAUAACAGUGAGGAGACUUUAUCCCUGCAAGAUGUGAUAAGAGGUAAUGAGAUUACAAUUGAAGGUAACGAAGAAAGAGAGGUGGCAGAUGAAGAAAAAGCCGUCGACGAGGACGCAGAUGAAGAUCCUUUGGAAGAUACCAGCCAAAUUACGGAAACUGGCGAAAUGCCCAUGGUACGACGGACACACUUGUUGGAUUUAUAUCCCGAAGGCACUUUCGGCUCCAUUGCUCCCACAACCAACGGGAAAGAUAUUCCUUUGGAAACUUUAUACGGCGUAGAAGAAGAAGUGGAAGAGGAAGACGACGAAGAAUAUAAAAAGAAAGUAAUGAUAGGAUCUUCUUAUCAAGCUUUUAUACCAAAAGGCUUGUCACAAUAUGGAGACAUUUUACCGUAUGAAAAUGAAGACAAACUUAUAUGGGAGCCAAGUCAAGUUAGCGAACGGGAGGUAGAAGCAUACUUACUUAAAAUAAGGGAUAUUAAUCGAAACCAGGGAGCCGACGAGGAAUCUACGGAUUUUGAAACGAUGAGCACUACAAAUAAAGAGAAUGCAGAUUCUACUAGAAAUAACGACAACAUGGAGAACAACUCGCUAUUAGCAAAUGGGGAGAAAAGCGGCAUUUCGCCAUUGGGUGUUACAGAUGAUGUGCCGGCUGCUGUUGUUAAAGAUAACGAACAAGCUCUGCAUUUAUUGGUGCAAUGCGGCUAUGACUUCAAAGAAGCCUUGCGGCGAAAACGGUUAAACGCUUUACCUAUGAAUGACGGCAUGAGCUUAUGGUCAGAAGAGGAAUGUCAGAAAUUCGAGGAAGGCAUACAAAAAUUCGGUAAAGAUUUUCUUAAAAUUCGCCAGAACCAAGUGCGUACACGCACUAUGCGUGAAUUGGUCCAAUUCUAUUAUCUAUGGAAAAAAAGUGAAAGAAGAGAUCAUAAUUUUGCUAACACCGAUACGGUGGACCAUAUGGAUAUAUACUUAAACGAAGACAAUGAGUAUGGAUCCAAUCCAUCGUCGCUUACUCCGGUAGGAUCUCCAGUAAAUAACCCUGCUACCACUACACGUAGAAAUUCUCACAAAAAUAUUUCCAUAAUGAUCAAUACAUCUGCGAUAAUAAAUAGCGGUAGUACCUCAUCAACGGCGUGUUUAGAAAAAUCUGCGCAACAUAAAAAACGUUCUGGCAACAACCAUACUGAUUCAAUUAAUAUAGACAUUAACACCUCAACCACCUCCGUAAUGGCGCCCACUGUAACUCAUCCCAAAUGAUGACAGUCGAAGUCAAAGGGAAAACGUUCUAAAUAUCGUUUAUCAACACGUUCGAGGACGCAGCAGCAAAGUCCGAAUUUCCGUUUGCAGAGGAAAAUCAAACGUAUUGUGGCCCAUAGAUGUUUCCGGAACAAGAAGAAUUUGCGUCAUGUUACAACCUGUAGUAUUACAGCACUUUGAAUAUUUCACUAUUCCAGCUGGUUGUUACGACAUCCAACAGAGAUUUAUUCUGAAAAAAUACUUAAGCAAUAGGAUAUAAUUUUUUAAGCAGCUUAAUUUAUUUUUUUAUUAUUGUGUAUACAAUGUUUUGUUGUAUGUAUUGUUUUCUUUUUGUGUAAUACACAAAUACUUUCUUCCGAUCGUUGUUCUUAGUAUAUAUAUUAGGACAUACAUAUAUCAUAAUAAACUCAGAAACGUCGCCACAUGUG